AACGAUACCGUUUGAACAGGAUACAGUACAAUUUGCUACAGUGCGAAUCGCCAGCUCGGGAUUGGUGCCCGGCGUGCCAUCCAAGGCUCGCCAUUCAAACGAAAGAACUGAGCUCGAAGGGAUGAGAAGGAAAGAGACAACCCUCACCAAGACGAACGGAAGUGGAGUAGUCAACAUCGCUGCCAUCUCCAUCUGAAACUCCUUUUGUUGUUGUGUGGUUGGCUAAAGCUUGGUUUGUUGGUAGUUGAUUACUGCUACUUCUCUCUCUUUGUGUAGCGAGCAAAUCAAUUUCUGCACCAUGGUGUCCUCGUCCCAAAUACGGCAUGUCCUCGUGGCACUGCUGCUCCAACCCUUUGCACUGGCAAGGCCUCAAUCGAAUAUCCGUUCGGAGUUUGUUCGAGCCAUGAACGAAGCAACACAACGAACCGAAGAAUCGAAACGUCAAACGGCGCUCAUGUCACGAUUGCUGCAAAAGGCCAAGGUGGUCAAGACGGCCUUUACUACUACCACUGGGGGACAACAACAACAACAACGACCACACAACCAUGAGGACCGAAAACUAUACGAUUACAACUACCAGUAUGGCUACUACAACUACCAGUACAAUUACAACAACCAAAAUGGCAAUGGUGACGACAACUACAACUACAACCAGCAGCAAGAACAACAAGUUGGCGAUGAUUUCUGGGCGGAAUAUGGAGGUCUCAACCUGACCAACUACGCGCUCAAGUACCUGGGUUGUCAAAACAUUCACUCCUUCAGUGACGAAAAGGCAGCCGACAAUGAUGAAGGAGGCGUCCUCGCCAUGAAUCGGUUUGUCGUCUUUCGCCUCUGUCCCAAACACACGUGCAGCAACUACAAUGAGUACGGCUGCGAUUACAACUAUGGAGAAUACACCUUGCCCAUGGAUGACUACCUGGCCACCAUGCAAACCUACCACAUCGAGCAGUACCAAACAUACUGUAAAACCUGUGCGUCUUGUAUGAGUGGAUCGGGAGACUAUAACAAUGUCAAUCGAGAACGAGAACUCAACAAUGGAGGAGGUGGUCAGUACUAUUACUACAAGAGAUACAAUGGAGAUGGCACUUGGUACUACAACAACUAUGGAAAUGCCAACAAUGAUGACAACUACAAUGCCAAUGAUGAUCAAGGCAACUAUCAGAACUACAAUGGAAACUAUGAUGACUUUUACGCCGCCGCAGAUGAUGAUGGUGGAAACAAUAAUAACAACUAUGCCAACAAUGAUGAUGGUGGAAACAAUGCGGCUGCAAAUGAUGAUGGAGGUGGUGGUGGCGGAGGAGACGACGAUGGUGGCAAUGAUGAUGCCGGCGCAGCUGCCAAUAAUGCGACGGCCACCUGUAGCUACGCCGAUGUCUGUGCGUCCUACCAACAAGCCUGUGGACCCGAAAUGUACAACGAUGACAACUAUUUAUCGCGUGCCGAAGCCUACGCCGAGUACUUUGAAUGCACCGAGUUGGACGUGGGUGGAGCCGUGUCCUACCUCGGUCCCCACUGUCGCAGUGAUGGGUUCACCAUUGGGAUUGGCAUUUACGAGGACGAGUACUGCAGUUCGUACGUGGGUGAUGUCGUUGAUCUGCAGCAAGUGACGGGUCUCAAGUACGAGGAUGAUUACCUCAGUCCGUACUAUCCCAAGCAAUGCAUAAGUUGUACAGCGAGGGAGAGCUACGAUUUGGUGACGGAUGACGAGAUUCAGAAUGAAGAGAAUGAAGGCCUUUACGAAGUUUGCGGAGUUCUAUACGAACAGGCUGCCAAGUGCAACCGAUACCUGGGAGAGGAUGAUACGUACCAGGGACAAUUUGAACAGGAAGCCAACGAACAAGAUGUCUGCAACUUUGUCGCCAGUCUCGUGGAGAACAACUACGAUGAGUACGGAGAAGCCAUCCUGGAGAGUCCCGAAUGGACGCUGGCCAAGUGGAAGUCCAUCAAUGCCUACCGUCAAGAUCUUGUUAGGACCUCCUCGGGUCAAAUCUUGGGCAUUGUCUUUAGCGUUGGACUGGUGGCCGCCCUCGCGAUCUACGCCAUCUACCUACGGUACAAGCUGACCCGCCGUCUGCCUUGGAGCCUUGGAUUUGGAAAGAGCAGUGCGGCUGAUCAGGCUGGGAAAAUCGGACGGGUCAGUUCGGGUAUCACCAUGCAGAGAUCCAUGAGUGGCUUGGAACCUCGAGGUUCCUUUGCUUGAGAGUUUUGAGUACAUGUACAACAAGAGAAGAACAGACAACCAACCAAAAAGAAUCCCAAAAGGGACCUCCUCGUCGUAGACACGUCUUGCACACUUGAAUAAUAAUAUUUAGUUGUUUGUUUUUGAUCUGUACAGGCUAGAUAUUGUAGUUUAGCUCUGAUUCGUCAGUUGUUUCCGCAUUCAUUAAACAUUGGUGGCACUGAACCAGAGAGGAACCGAAGCGCCGCACUGAUCCCAUAUCUUGCACCAAGGUUGAAGUCAAAGUGCUCUUAUCCAAAGCCAACACAGAGAACAGAGCCAAUCUGUUCCCCGAGUUCAGCACAUGAUCUUUUAAGACGUGCUGAUCCAACCACCAUCAUUCUACGUCCCUAGACAUCGAUGAACCUUUGCAAAAAGAGUGUUCUGGAAGCGGUAAAGAUUGCAAUGGACUUGACAAGAGUCAGCCAAGCGCCAUUCUCUUUGCAACAGCUUACCGGGUAUCACCAGGCCAGCCGAACUACGGAAGCAACUGCAGUCUCGCUCUUGAUCGUUCAUUGCAGGAGAAAAGAAGGAAGCGAAGAGCGCAGCAGCUGACACGAUGCAUGUCGGUGGAAUCUGUGCAAACCGGUAAGCACUUCAUGAAUGGCAGGCAUCAAUAAUUACGAUGACAUGCAAUGCUUUGAAGACAAAGGACUCGAAUGGACUCGACUCGGCAACCAUUCUGCGACAGAAGGGCUUGAAAGGUCGAGUUCCAUGUCGCCAACCUCCUCGAGGUGCAGAGUUUGGUGGCCACGAACAAACGACUCUCCAUGGAAAUCGAAUGUCAUAUAGAAUGUAGUGCUUGUCGCAAAGAACCCGACUUUCUUCGGUCUUUGAAGUUGUAUUACCGUACCGGUAGAGAUGAAAUGUAUGCAAAAUACAUGAUGCAGGAGCCUGAGAUCUUGAGAGAUCUUGGCAACAUAAAUCAUGAUCUAGCUACUAGCUAGUAGUGCUUGUAGCUGCGUGUUUCUGCCGCUCUGCAACUCUCCCUGUACUUUUCCUUGUGCACUACCGGUACUGUACCGGUGAGAGCAAAAGCAAACGGCGAAGCUCAAUCGACAUCGCAGCAUCGCAGCCUCUGUCUGGAAUCUCGCUGCUAAAAAGCGACUACUACUAGUAGUCUACCGGUACGGCAUUAAUACAUGUAACAUCCAAGAAAGAAAGUUUCAGCGAAAGUUUGAGAGAAUCGAAUCUAGCUGGAUGGGAAGCCAGUCGGUUGCCGCGGACCUUGGAGCAAAGGGGUUGCCGACCUCGAACCAGCUGAAACGACGAAGCAAUAAAGAACGGCCGCACCAUGUGCUCCUCCUUUUCGAUCGAUAGGCGAAGCUUCAAGGCUUCAAGGUAAGGUAGGAGUGAAAACCGAGAUCAUCGAUGAGUGAGAUCACUGAGAUGAUACGGGGCGCUACCGGGGACGGGGGCAACCCAUUCAUUCUUUGCCCUUUAGCUAAGAUUCGAUUGGAUGAUUCCAUCCUUCGAGUUCCACUGAGCAGCAACACCAUCUUUUCAGCUUUGUUUCUACAUCAUAACAGUCGGAUGUUGAUGAUAAAAUUUAGCUAAUACUACGCUGCCCAUUGACUGGUCCCUGUACUCCCAGCUCCUGCUAGUCCAGAGUAGGGAGAUACAUUCAUGUAGCUGGGGCCUGGCUGAACAUAAGCUCGGAGCAAGUGGGUUCUUUUCAAGAAGCUGAACUCAUGUUCCACUGAGAGUCAAGCACGACGUGAUGAUCGAUACGUAGAUAGAUGCAGUAAAAUACAUAGCUCCUAUCCAUGAGAGUUGUAAUUAACUCUCAGAUACCGCAUCACCAGAUUCCCUUCCACUCUCGCCACUGUACAGCACCAAAGCAAAUAAUGGGGCGGGUAGUACUGUACGGGUAUGGAUCUUGGACAACUCUGGCUAGCUAUCUACAUAGAUGCACGAGUGCUGUUGUUUCUGGGCGAUCUAUCUAGCUAGUACGAGCUCUACUAGUAGUACGGUAGGUACGGUAGCUAGAGCGAGAGAUGCAAUGCUGAUGUUUUUGGUGGCGAUGAUUCCUGUAUUCCUGUUGCUUCUAAAACGAAAAGUUGCCAGCGCAGUUCGUGCUUGGUUGUUUGUUCUUGGCCACCCACUUGAUCGCCUUUGAUCAUUAAAAAAAGAUUUGCCGUACGUACCACUCGCCACCAUCCCACCGGUACCGGUACCACGUUGCAUACUUCCAGUACGAGUAAUACCAUAAAAGGAGGUCGUUAAUUGUGGUUGCCAACUUAACAAGGGUACACGUGUUCUCACAAGCAUUAAUUAAAUCCUAUUUCUGAUGGAU